CUAUGUAGUUCCUUGGUUACUAUUCCUGCUAAUUAGCGACUAUGGACUGGGUCUGUAGUCGUUUCACAUUCCGUGGUCAUCCUUUUCAUGUCGUCAACUUUGACGUAGUGGAUGACUCGGCGUUUGAUGGUGCAACCUACACUGAGGGAAUAUGUUCUCACUCAAGAUGCUCUAGGAAAUCUCAUCCUCCAGUGGAGCUCGUGGAUGGUUUACCAGAAUCUGUCUCCGAGUCCCUCGGGAGUGUCUUGUGGUUCGACGCAGCGAUCCGCUUCUUAAACUGGGCGGCGAAGUACCGAUGUAGUUACAAGGGUCUUCGAAUCCUAGGGCUCGGCGAGGGUACGGGUGUCACAUCCCUUGCUCUGGCGGCUGAUGGCGCUGCUGAGGUGUUCGUGUCGGACCUUCCUGAACUGCUGCCUCUCCUCGAAGUCAAUUGCAGCUCUGAAGUGAAUCCUCGUCUCAAAGGUCGGGCGAAAGCCUUGGCUCUGGAUUGGGUUGAUGAGGAUAGUUUUCCGGCGGAGCUCGAAGGAAGCAUUGACGUUAUCGUCUGUUGCGAGAUUCUCUACGGCAACCGUUUCGUGUGGCCGGGCCUGGUGCGCGUGCUCGAAAGAGCUUUGGCACCAGAAGGAGAAGCAAUCUUCGCAAUCACCCUUCGGAACGCUCGACACGACGUUGACGAUUUCUGUGCUCUGGCGAGAGCCGGGGGAAGACUUUGCAUCGCGAAGGAAGAGUACUUGUCGCCGGAGGUUGUGGUGGUUCGGAUCAAGCUCGGAUCAGGCCACUAACGUCA